AUGGAGCCGCCGCCCGCAAGCGCAGCAUCCCUGGAAGGAUUGAUCCAACAGGUCUCCCUGAACACGGCCUUGCUGCGCUCCUUGCUCCCCAUGCGCGGGGCCCCAGAGGUACGCAUCAAGUUCGUCAAUGUCUCCCUCGCCACCUAUGCCACUUCAGGCCACUUCCGCCAUCCUUCCAGGCGAGCUCAGGAGGCAUUGUGGACGAAGCUCUGA